UGUCCACAGCUUCGACGCGCGUCGCGAGAUCUGGGGGCAGUCGUGGGGUUUUCGCGUGGAAAGGUUGAGCCCGUGGGAUAUAAAAAGGAUUGCCUGAAUAUGAGUGAUGACAAACCCUUCGUAUGUACUGCUCCUGGGUGUGGUCAGCGGUUCACCAACGAAGACCACUUGGCUGUCCAUAAACACAAACAUGAGAUGACACUAAAGUUUGGUCCAGCUCGGAAUGACAGUGUCAUUGUUGCUGACCAAACUCCAACACCCACUCGCUUCCUGAAGAACUGUGAAGAAGUGGGACUGUUUAAUGAACUUGCUAGUCCUUUUGAACAUGACUUCAAAAAAGCCGCUGAAGAGGACAUCAAAAAGCUGCCCUUGGACUUGUCCCCGCUUGCAACGCCAGUCAUCAGGACUAAAAUGGAGGAGCCCUGCGCUGUGGUCUCUCAGCGAGACAGUCCGCUGCCUCACCCCGAGUCCACCACCAGUGACGACCGGGACAUCUCUCUACAGCCCACGUCUCAGCCGGCUUCAGCCAUCAUCCGGCCGCCUUCCCUGCAGGUGCCCAGCGUCCUGCUGGCAGGCCCCGAAACCAGCCUGGUGGUGCAGCCCACCCUGCCCUCGCCAACCUCCAGCUCCGUCAUAACCCAGGCCCCGUCCGCUAACCGGGCCAUAGUCCCUGUGUCUGGAACCUUCCCCGUGCUUCUGCAGCUGCCCAAUGGACAGACAAUGCCUGUUGCUAUCCCAGCAUCCAUUGCAAACCCGAGUGUGCAUAUUCCUACUACCAUGCCACAGCUGGUCAGACCUGUCACUGUAGUGCCUAACGUCCCAGGAAUCCCAGGCCCCUCCUCCCCACAGCCCAUCCAAUCAGAGGCCAAAAUGAGGCUGAAAGCCGCUCUGACUCAGCAGCAGCUCCCUCAGGUACCCAAUGGAGAGGCGGGCGACGCCCAGACCAGUGCUGUCAGUCAUAGGAAUACCCCGCCCCCUGCGCUGCCCGAGGAGCCCCGUCCACAGUCUCUGCAGCAGCCUGCUACCUCCACCACAGAGACACCCGCCUCCCCGGCUCCCCCCGCCCAGCACACCCCCAGCACGGGGGGGCGGAGACGCAGGGCGAUGAGCGAGGACCCCGAUGAGAAGCGGCGUAAGUUCCUGGAGCGGAACAGAGCUGCUGCCUCCCGCUGCAGGCAGAAGAGGAAGGUGUGGGUCCAGAGCCUGGAGAAGAAGGCCGAGGACCUGAACUCCCUCAAUGGGCAGCUACAGAGUGAAGUCACACUGCUGAGGAAUGAAGUGGCUCAGCUGAAGCAGCUUCUACUGGCUCAUAAAGACUGCCCUGUGACUGCCAUGCAGAAGAAAUCUACCUAUCACAACACGGAGGACGACAGCGAGGUGAUGUCUGUCCCCGGGAGCCCCCAGGCCGAGGCCAUCCAGCACAGCUCCGUCAGCACCUCCAACGGGGUCAGCUCCUCCUCCACCCCCGCAGGCCCCGUGCCCCCACCGGACCCCGGCCACCCGGAAGAGCAGAGCACAGAGCAGACCCCGCCCCCGGGUGGAGACGUGCCCGCCCAGGCAGCUGAUCACAUGAACGCCCAAACCCAGCCAUCAGGCAGCUGAUCACAUGACCACCCAAACCCAGCCGUCAGGCAGCUGAUGACAUGACCAUCCAAACGCAGCCGUCAGGCAGCUGAUUACAUGACCACCCAAACCCAGCCGUCAGGCAGCUGAUCACAUGACCACCCAAUCCCAGCCGUCAGGCAGCUGAUCACACGAUCCCCGGGGCCUCGGGGUCGCGACCUCUUCACAUCACUACUGAGGGAGGGGCCAGAGGACCUGUCACUCAUCUUUCAGAGACUGCUGAAUUUAAGUCUUCUUUUGAUUGUUCCUGUUGGUGUUAUUGUUUUAUUUUUGUUCCUUACAUGCCAAAUCAGUCUUAUUGAACAGGAAAGGGCGUGAUGACACUCUCCGGAUGCUGUGAAAGCUGGACAAAUUUCUUAUUUCUGUUCUCUGUGUUUAUUGUUGAUUGUAUUUAUUUGAUAAUUUAAAAUCCAUGCUUUUUGAAAUGUCCGAGCACUGUAAAUGUUUGUGUGUCACUUUGUAAUGGACGAAGCAGCGGUUUGUAAAUGAGACAUUCCUACCAAAGUGUGUCUGUGGGCUCGUUUGCUGCCGUUUGUCCGUGGGUCUGAAGCACUAUCAGGAGGCGCGAGGAGGAAUCGUCACUUUGUUUAUUUCGUUGCCUUUUUGAUUUUGCACACGAAGAGGAAAACUUUUAAUUCUUAGACAGAUUUUGGCUGUGUAGCAGUUUGAAGUCCGGCCUUUUAGAGUAGGUUUUUGAUACGUGUCUUGUUACUAAACCCCCGUCGGUUUGAACUGAAACGGGGAAGAGAACAUUUUGUUUUGUGUGAGUAGUGUGUCUACCUUCGCUGUGGCACGGUGUUGUCUGAAUGUUGCCAGUUGCCUCCACUUGUAAAACAGUCUGAAAGGAGCGACGUGGGUUAGAAACUUGUGUUUAAGAGCAUUUCUUUGACUAACAUUCCCUGUGUAGUCUGAUUGUCACAGAUGCGCUGAUUGUAUGAUCGCAGUACUUCUUUUCUCUACGUUUAGACAUCUCUUUGAUGUUGACUUUAAAUGUGCCAUUAAUAUUUAUUAAAUGACUAAGACCUUACUUUGACUUGCAUAGAAAACAGACAUGCCCAUUCGCUGUCCCAGUUGUGAAGGUGUCCUUGUACAGAAUUAAUUCAUUUGAAUAUCAAAUAUGUUUUUAUUACAUUUGCGACAUAAUUUCUGUUUACUCAAGACUUUGGGUUUUGACACUUGGUGCAAAUUAUGAAAAUGUUGGUUUAUUUUAUUUACUUUUUUAAAGCAUUUUAGGAAACAUUGUAAAUGACAUUAUUGAUGAUAGAUUUUGUUAGAGCCUUCCAGAGAAUAUGCACAUUAAUUUUUAUAGGACAGUUUUAUUGCAAGUCCUACAAAUAAACUAUAUAAAUGUGUGUAUGUGUGUGUAAAUAUGUACAAACAUACACACACACACACACACACACACACACACGCAUAAAAAAAUCAAACUUAAGUGAGAACUCCCCAACCUAAACAUAAGCAGAAUACAUGAUUUCAUAUUUUAUAUUGGUAAUCUGAAUAAGGUUGUGCUGCUCAGUAAAAUUAAAAUGUGAAAUGUAUUUAUCAGUUCAUGCAAUUGCUGCGAAUAGCCAGAAUUAAUUGUAGGUUACAGUUCACUGCAUAAUUAUGUUAAAUCCAUGAAAAUGUAUUUGCUUACUACUGUGUAGUUCUACGAGACAUUGCAGCAUUGUUUUAAUGGUCUGUUGAAAAUUCUCACACAAAAGGUAAUUUGUACUUGCGUUGUUUUGUGCUUUUUGCAUGUGUAAAUUCUCUGAGAGAAUUAGACCCAUAUUUAAAUAAUGUCUCAGUUAAAUAAGUAAAAUUGAACAUGUCGUACCACCUGGGAUUGUACCAGGUGACCCAAGCUUCAUUGCUGGUCUUGUAGGUAGUUUAUCCUGGUUAACUGCAUUCAAAGGGUGUGAUACUGUUGUGUUGGCAGUAAACUUGUAACUUGUGAAAGUUCUGUAUAAAAUAUAAAAUGUUGGAAUAAAUCUUUUAAUAUCUCUUUAAAGUC